AUGUCCACCUCUACAGAGGACUCUGCCUUUGAGCUCGAGCGCGUCCAUCUUGUGCAGCGCAUUACCAACGGCCUGGUCGAGUCGGUGGCCAUCGCCAAGGAAGUCAACGCCAACAUGAGAUCGCUCGAGGAGCAGACGGCGGCGCUGGCAAGAUGGACAACCGUGUGGAACGGUUUCAGGGCAGAGCUUGCUGCAGGGCAUGUCCAAGCCGUUGACAUGCUACAGUCAUCGCAGUGAUGGCCUUCAUGAGCUGGCCGAGCCGCUCGGCGG